AGUCUUGAGGGGAAGAGGGAGCAAAAGAGCUACAAGGCUCUGCUGCAGGACCCCAUGCUGCGUUUCUCGGGGCUGUACCAGGAGAGCUGCUCUGAUCUGUAUGUCACCUGCCAGGUGUUUGCUGAGGGCAAGCCCUUGGCCCUGCCUGUCCGCACGGCUUACAAGGCCUUCAGCACACGGUGGAACUGGAACGAGUGGCUGCGCCUGCCGGUGAAGUACCCCGACCUCCCCCAGAGCGCGCAGGUGGCCCUGACCGUGUGGGACGUCUACGGGCCGGGUCGAGCCGUGCCUGUGGGGGGCACCACCGUCGCCCUGUUCGGGAAGUACGGGAUGUUUCGUCAGGGGAUGCACGAUUUGAAAGUGUGGCCAGGAGUCGAGGGGGAUGGCUCUGACCCCACAACGACCCCGGGGCGCACUAGUAGCAGUCUCUCUGAGGACCAGAUGGGACGAUUGGCCAAGCUCCCUGAUCUGGAGGUGCUCAGUGAUCUGACGAAGGCUCACCGGCAGGGUCACAUGGUGAAGGUGGACUGGCUGGACCGCUUGACCUUCCGGGAGAUUGAGAUGAUCAAUGAGAGCGAGAAGAGGAGUUCCAACUUCAUGUACCUGAUGGUGGAGUUUCCCCGUGUGAAGAACGGAGAGAGAGAGUACAGCAUCGUCUACUACGAGAAGGACGGCGAUGAGUCUGCUCCUCUCCUCACCAGCUCUGAAAUUGUUAAGGUGCCUGACCCUCAGAUGUCCAUGGAGAACCUGGUGGAGAGUAAGCACCACAAGCUGGCUCGCAGUCUGCGCAGUGGCCCGUCUGACCAUGACCUGAAGCCCAACGCUGCCACCCGCGACCAGCUCAAUAUCAUCGUCAGCUACCCCCCCACCAAGCAGCUGAGCUCGGAGGAGCAGGACCUGGUCUGGAAGUUCCGAUACUACCUCACCACUCAGGAGAAGGCUCUGACGAAGUUCCUGAAGUGUGUGAAUUGGGCACUGCCUCAGGAAGCCAAGCAGGCUCUGGAGCUGCUGGGCAAGUGGAAGCCCAUGGAUGUGGAGGACUCCCUGGAGCUGCUGUCCUCGCAGUUCACCAAUCCGACUGUCCGCAGAUACGCUGUGGCCCGGCUGCAGCAGGCUGACGACGAGGAUCUGCUGAUGUACCUGCUGCAGCUUGUCCAGGCCCUGAAGUACGAGAACUUCAAUGACAUCCUCAGCGGGCUGGAGCCUGGGAGCAGGAAAGACAGCCAAGGGGGCCUGGAGGAGAGUGGGACACUAGGAAACAUCGACAGCUCUCAGAUCCUGUCUGGUCCUGCCCCCAUUGGCACUAGCGCUCCCACCCAGAAAGGAAAGGAGGCUCAGGACAGUGAGAGUCUGGAGGUGAGGAGGGAUCUGUGUACUUUCCUCAUCUCCCGUGCCUGCAAGAAUUCCACAUUGGCCAACUACCUGUACUGGUAUGUAAUUGUGGAGUGUGAGGACCAGGACACUCAGCAGAGGGACCCCAAGACCCACGAAAUGUACAUCAACGUCAUGAGGCGCUUCAGCCAGGCACUUCUCAAGGGUGAUAAGAGUGUCAGAGUGAUGCGGUCACUCCUGGCAGCCCAGCAGACAUUUGUGGACCGGCUCGUUCAGCUGAUGAAAGCCGUGCAGAGGGAGAGUGGCAACAGGAAGAAGAAGACGGAGCGUCUGCAGGCCCUGCUGGCAGAUAAUGAGAAGGUCAACUUGUCUGAAAUUGAACCCAUCCCUCUCCCUUUGGAGCCGGGGGUGCGCAUCCGGGGCAUCAUCCCUGACACCGCCACGCUCUUCAAGAGCGCCUUGAUGCCAGCCAAGCUGAUUUUCAAAACGGAAGACGGGGGUCGCUAUCCCGUCAUCUUCAAACAUGGCGACGACCUGCGUCAGGACCAGCUCAUCCUGCAGAUCAUCUCGCUCAUGGACAAGCUGCUGAGGAAGGAGAAUCUGGACUUGAAGCUGACACCAUACAAGGUCCUAGCCACCAGCACCAAACAUGGGUUCAUGCAGUUUAUUCAGUCAGUCCCUGUUGCUGAGGUCCUGGCUACUGAAGGAAGCAUACAGAAUUUCUUCCGGAAGCAUGCUCCUAGUGACAAGGGGCCAUAUGGAAUCAGUGCAGAGGUCAUGGACACUUACGUCAAGAGCUGUGCUGGAUAUUGUGUAAUCACCUACAUCCUAGGAGUGGGAGACAGGCAUCUUGACAACCUACUGCUCACCAAGACAGGCAAGCUGUUCCACAUUGAUUUCGGAUACAUCCUGGGACGGGACCCCAAGCCGCUACCGCCCCCCAUGAAGCUGAGUAAGGAGAUGGUGGAAGGGAUGGGUGGCAUGCAGAGUGAGCAGUACCAGGAGUUCAGGAAACAGUGCUACACUGCCUUCCUGCACCUGCGCAGGUACUCCAAUCUCAUCCUCAAUCUCUUCUCUCUCAUGGUGGACGCCAACAUCCCUGACAUCGCCCUCGAGCCCGACAAGACUGUUAAAAAGGUGCAGGAUAAGUUCCGACUGGACCUGUCCGAUGAGGAGGCGGUGCACUACAUGCAGAGCCUAAUAGACGAGAGUGUGGGGGCGCUGUUUGCUGCCGUGGUGGAACAGAUCCACAAAUUCGCCCAGUACUGGCGCAGGUGAUGAGUUGCUUCAAGAAACAGACUACACUGAGGGACAGAAAGCUUUGCUGGACUGGCUGAGACUGCCCAAGAUGACCAAGAUUCUCACCUGGUUGUCUGGGAUGAUCAGAGAGGAGCACAGAGGCAUCCCCUUAAACUCUUAUAGGGAGGACAGAUGAGCACAGCAUCCUCUCCAGACAUUCGCUGUCCUGCUCUGAAGAGUUCUAGUGCUAUCGUGUGCAAAAUACUGCACUGUUAUUAUAGGCAUGAUUGUAUCAUUAUGUACCUAUUUUUUAACAGGAGGGUUCGAGUGUUUACUUCGCCACAUUGCCAAAUAAAUCAAAGGUGAUUCACUAGCCUCUUUACUAGCAGGUGGGUCUUUUGUUUAAAUGUCAGUGUGUUUUGUCAGAGAUGUUAAUCGACGGAGCUGUGAAGCUGAUAUCCUGGUUUCUUUCAAGAAAUGGCUGGAUCGUGCGAUCAUCCAAUGCUAACUACCCAAUGGGCUAGAUCGGGCAAAUGGCCUCCUCUUGUUUGUAACUGUUAUGAUGUUCUGCAUCAGCAACCACACUACAGAGCAGGUCAAGUGGAGAAGUGAGAAUGAAAGGAGAACUUUUGAUAGGCCAGACUGGAUGAAUCCAGAUCAAGAGUUUUGCCAGGACACCAGGCUUCACACCCAUAUUCUUACGCGCUAUGUCCCUGGUCAUCAUAGCAAUACAGAACAGUGCCCUUACUGGUCUGACAAUGCCACUUACAAUAUCAUCCUGAUUAUUAUUUGGAGAUCCCCAUCCAAGUAUUGACCAGUCUCAGCCUAGCUCAGCUUCUGAGAUCUGAGGAGAUCAGGCUCCAGGGUAGUAAAUGAUUCAUGAUUAGGGGUCGUGCAGUGAGCCUUGCACAUCAAAUUCCUGUUUAAAGAAACGGGUCAUGAAAUAUGCACAGUUCUACUCACAGGAGAUGAAACACUAAAAAAGAUGCAAAUAAAUAUUAUGAAUAUUAAGAAAAUUGCCUUUGUAUUUUGGGUUCCUAGUGACUCUGUCAGACUGAACUAAGUCUGAUAUACACUUCAGUAAUAGUGACAGUGUUCAUCAUUCACACUGGUGCUCAGUCUUCAAAUGCCAAUGUUUGCCUUGGCAAAGGUUUAAUAAUUAAUGUGUUAAUUACUUUCAGUUACAUGGAAAAUUAAAAAUGAGGAACCAUUCCAUCUCAAGCUGUGCUGGGAGUCAUGUGACCAUCACUCAGUGGAAUUUUACAGUUUUUUAGACUGGCAGGUGAGGCACGUGUUUGAUUUCAUUUGGGGCUUAAUCUGCAGGCUUUUCUCAUUUUAAAGUAUUGGCAUGUUUACAGAUGGACACAGUCUGGUUCUUUUUAACGUUCAUUCACAGACUUAAAACCCAGUUAAACCAGUUCUUACAGUACAUUGCAGCUCACUCUCAGCUCUUACUCCAGCACUCUGGACAGGGCUGCUCAGUCGGCAGUAUACGACUCACAUGCAUCUUCAAUGCUGGACAGGAAGGGCACUGGUGACCAGAGUACUGAUUCAGGUGGGCUGAGUUUAUCAUUUAUCUGGGUCCUGGUCAGUAACGUCCCUACACAAGCAAUUCACCCCAAACCAACACUCAGAAAUCGAGGCUUUACACCCACUUUCUAUGUUCAUUAUUUGAUUGUCUUAUCCAGGAUGGCAGAUAUUUAAUUUUAUUAGCAUCAGAAUAUGCAUUUAAAAAAUAUAUGUAUGUGUGUCUUUAUGUUUUCUGAUUGACAUGAAUGUAUCUUUUUUAACCUUAUUAUUGUGAUGUAUUGUAUGGUUCAAAGUCAGCUCAAUGUCAUGGAUGGUACUUCCAGGGGGUUAGACAAGGUCUACGGUAUGUGCGCUGCUGUGUCUUCAGACUGAGUAGCCUCUGACCCACACUUCCACUUUCACAGGGCACUUUCCUGUGAAAGACCUUGGUUGUUUCAGAGCUGGAGUUCCACAGGUCCUCAGUUCUGUAGGCUUUUCAAACCAUCACCAAUUUCCAAAGACUCGGCAAGCCUUUUGAGACCAAUUCUGCAGACGUAUUUUAAUAAAAAUAUUUAAUUUAGACAAUGAUGUCUGUCAGCCCUUCAGUCUUCAAUCAGAUCAAUAGUUUAUAGGUUUUUUCCAAUAUUUAGAAGCAGGUGACCCCAAAGAAUAACUGAUUUGGGGUCCUACAGGAACCAUGUUGGGGAUUCCUGCUCCCCCUUCAUAUCUUAUCUCAGUGCCUUUAGCGUCUUGUUGCUUCAGUUACCAGACUGAUCAUUGAUCUGUCUGUUGCAAGAGAGAUUCGUCUUAUUGGGAUGGAUUCUGAACAACUGCAUACUUGUUCUUACAUAAAUUAUGUAACUUAUACAGAAUUGAAGAAGACAGGCACAGAUAGACAAAGAGAAACGCACACAGAAUCACGGAGAACCUCAUAGACAUAAAAACAAGGACGCAUCUUUGGAGAAAAAAAUGUUUGCUUAAAGAAAAAAUAGGUGAAGAGAAAUUGUGGUAAUUUAACAAAUCAAGAUCAAUUUUAAAGAAGAAGAACAAAUUGAAAAGGUGUCGUGUUUAUAUGAAUUUUAAUUAAAAUAAAACCAUUCAAUCUUACCAUUGGUUCAUGACAAUAAUUGCUUAAUUUUUUUUUCUUUUCCGUUAUAAUAUGCUAUCUUCUAAUAAUUGAUGUUCUUUGCUGAGCUGGUAUUUGCUUUUUUAGAUUGCAGGAUCUAAGAAUAGAAGAAGUCAUUGUUAUAGACAGUUCCUGAUGAAUGCAAGCAAGGAUAGGGCCAUUUGAUGGUCUAGCCCAUUUCAUAUUUAGCUUAUUGAUCUAGAGAUCUAAUCCAGCCAUUCCUUGGAAGAAACCAGGAUAUCAGUUUUAACAACACUGCUGUAUAGCUUUUUCCAGACUCUCACAACCCAGUUGAAUUAUUCAUGGAAAUAUUCUUCUAUGUAAAUGGUGUAAUAGCUGAGACAGGCUUUACUAAUUGUUGAGUUUAGAGCAUUAAAUAAUUAUAAUAUCCGUUCCUUU